AUGAUGAUGCCCACCAUGCGCCUCACAGAUUCACAGCUUGCGCGUAAAUUAGUUUAGAGUGAUGGUAGACUUUCGUUGAAUUUGCUGCACUAUCUCCUCCAUCAACCACCAGGGUCUGAUGUCGUGACCGAGUCAAGAAGACCAGAGGCUGGUUCGGUUGCAACGGUUGACAAAGUUAUGUAGUGGUAGGGGGCGUUUACGGAUCGUUAUCACGGAACUCACUCGUUCCGUUGGGCCUUACGGGCUCUCUCUCAAGCCCAAACCGCAGCCGCAGAGCGGCGCACGAUAUAGGCAGAACGGCAUUACCGACGAAGACAAGGGAGACUGGAAUGACCAUUUCUGGCUUAUUAGCCGUCGUCAGCCAGUCAUACCCAACCCCGAAGUGUAGAACACCCGAGACUCGAACUCGCGACCUGGUAGCUAGAAGUUCACACCUCUAACCACUGGGCCUCGAACCCGUUGCCCUGCCGGUUUUUGAUCGGGAAUAUACAAUGGUAGGAUGCGCUCACAUGCGAUGAUCCGAUCAUGCGACCCUGCGUGGCUGUUGGUUGGGCUCGAGAGAGAGCCCGUAAGGUACAAUGGAACGAGUAAGUUCCGUAAGACCGGUUGAUGAGCGCUCCCUACCGUUGUUUAUUCCCGAUAAAAAACCGACAGGGCAACGGGCUCGUGGCACAGUGGUUAGAGGCGUGGACUUCUAACUAACAGGUCGCGAGUUCGAGUCUCGGGUGUUCCACACUUCGGGGUUGGGUAUGACCGGCUGACGACGGCUAAUAAGCCAAAAAUGUCUAUUCCAGUCUGCCUUGCCUUUGUCGGUAAUAACAUCAAGCUAUUUAACCCGUCUACGUGUGCCACGCACGCCUGGACUGCUCAUGACGGACCAGGUUCUCAAAGAACCAGGCGGGAGGGCGGCUCGGACACUAUCUGAAUGGGGAUGCCAUGCAGGUCACAUUAAGAAGGAGCCAUUGGAGCCUGACUCUUCGUUCUGAGUGGAGGACCGAGUAAUCCCGUCAGCUGGAGGCCUUCCAGAGCACGGCUCUUAGCCCACAGUGGUAGUUAAAAAGCGCGCCAGAUUGUUUAUGGUGAAGAAUAUGUGCUGAGUGUUAUGGGGACAGAGUUUCCAGAAUCGGCUUCACUUUCACUUUUCUCUCCCGGUACCAGUCCGCCGUUUUUGCCGGUCAGCCGUCUGAUGAGGGGAUUGGGCGCAGGUGGUCGGCAGAGUUAGACAGCCCGUCUGCGCGUGCCACACACGACCUGGCCUCGAAUUUUCGCUCAGAGGAGCAAUAGUGAUGGAGGAAACAUGUGGUCGUUUCAGGGCUUCCGUUCUAGGAUCCAACAGUCCCAUAACAGCAAUUUUGUUUGUUGUUCCGACGUAUUACAGGCGUGAUCGCUGCGUUUGAUAUUCGGGCCCACACCCGUCACAUGCUGUAACGUUUCUGGGCGGUGAGUUACAAACACGAAAUAUUGUAUGCCCACGAAUCCAAAGUAGUAAGAAGGAAUCCGUAUAUGUUGCGACAGGUAAAGAGCUCAAAUUACUGGAUAUGAAAUUACCAAAUCGUAAAGACCAGUUCGUCAGGCUCAGUUAAGAACCGCAGCUUAGGAAAGAACGUCAGAAUGAACACAAAAUUCCCGACUGAGGGGUUGCUUGACUUCUUAAAGCAAAAUAUUGAACUACCUAAAUCGUCAGGCAGAGACAAAAGGGUACAAUGGAAGAAUUUAAAUGACUGACAGUGAUUUCCGAAAAGUGAUCAGGAUUUUCAAGAGCAACAAUAGUAUAUCGACAAAGUGCUGGAGAAUGAGAUGCGGAAAGACGGACAAUGCACAUGCUGUGGGGUUGAAUGGAAGUCAUUUUUAGCAUGUGGAACUGUGCCCACUCUACGCAGAGACAGCACAGAAAAAGAAGAAGAAGAAGAAGAAGAAUAGGAAUAAGAAGAAGAAGAAGAAGAAGAAGAAGAGGAAGGAGGAGAAGAAGAAGAAGAAGAAGAAGAGGAAGGAGGAGAAGAAGAAGAAGAAGAAGAAGAAGAAGAAGAAGAAGAAGAAGAAGAAGGGGAUUCUAACAGCGCCCCAUCAUCAAGCCAGGUGGUCACCUUUUCGAGGUUCAAAUCACUAG